AUGGAUAGCUUCUGGAAUGACUGGGAUCUCAUGGACCGAGGCUUUACUCCUUACUGGAGACACAACAUGGCUUUGGAUAUCGGAAACGAAUUCAACGAAGUCAUCGACAACGAUGAGAAGUUCGUAGUUUCCAUUGAUGUCUCACACUUCAAGCCGGAAGAAUUGAAAGAAAAGACGGAUGGAAGUAACUCUCUCUGCAGAUCUUUCGUCCGCAAAUGGACAUUGCCCGCCGAUGUCGAAGUGACUUCUAUCCAGUCUUCAAUUACCUCAGACGGUAAACUAGCCAUCGAAGCACCCAAGAUUGGAAGAGCAACGAUCCGCAGUAUUCCCAUUGUCCCUGCCAUUAGUGGAAACGCAUCAAGAUAA